AUGUGUUUCCAUCAAUCAACUAAAAAAAACAUUAUUAAAAACUUUUUCACCAAACCAUUCAAAAACCACUCAAUUAAAAAAUCAAUUAAAAAAAUUCAUCAAUUAAUUUCAGAAAUGGACCCAGAAAGUCUUGAAAAAUUACAACAAGAUUUAACUAGAAUCACAGUUUUACAUAAUAAUCAAUUAUUUGAUGCAGGUUGUAUAUCACCAGUUACAAUCAUUAGAGAUGAAUUAAGUGAAACUGGUAUUUAUGCAAGACCAUUUAAUUCACAACAACAACAAAAAUUAGAAUUCGAUGACAAUCAUGGAAUUGUUACAAAUGUUUUAGAAGAUGGUGUUGCAAUUAAGGAAUUAGAAAUUAUUGCUUACAAAAACGACUUUGCACCAGGUUUUGGUAAGGAAGAAGAUAGAGGAAUUGCAGAUUCAGCACCAGAUACUAAUAGAGAAAGAGCAAUUGAAAUUGAUGAAAAUGGAGAAACUAUUAAAUUUAUGGUUAAUGAUCAAGUUGAAAAAGUUGCUAAAAUUGAUUUCGAAAAUGAGGAUGAUUUGGAAUCAUUAGUAAAUAACUCAGAUUAUGAAGCUUAUAUUGGAAAUUUCAGAUCUACCAAUUAUUUACCAAGAAGAAGAAAAAACAAAUCUAAUAAAUCAUCAAGUGAAGCUAAUUCAAAUAAAACAGAAGCUGAUUCAGAAUGGAAUUGUUACAAUUUAAAUGAAAUUGUAUCUGAUGAAGUUAUAUUUAGUCCAAAUCUGAACAAUUUCAAUAAUGAUGAAAAUAAAAUUGUACCACAUACUAUAUCUAGUUCUGCUUUACCUAAUGAAGAAGAUAACAAUUUUGUGGUUGUUAAUACAAAAGACUACCAAGUCAAGGAUUAUGGAACUGUCCUUGUGAAGAAGAGGAGAAACGGGUUUAAUGCUGCUCAGACCUUAGAAUUAUUUGAUAAUGUUUGUAAAGUAGGUUCAAGCAAAAAUUUAGAGCAAAAUAAUUCAAGUACAGAUGAAAGUGCUGAUGAUAAUAAUCAAUUAAAUGAAGAUGAAGGAAAUGAAAAUGCUGCGUUUAUUAAUGAUAAUUUAAUUACAAGUUCAGAUCAAGAACAAGAAAGAUUAUUUGAUGAACUUAACAAUCAAUUAAAAAUAAGUUCAAAAAGAACUAAAUUUUUUAAAUUUUUGAGACUUUAA